UCGGCGCCCAAUCAGCGCUCGUAUCUUCGGUAGGGGGCGGGGCUGGCCGGCAGCGUCUCCUCCCGUUGCUAGGCGACGGAGGAAGUCCCGCCCCUCGGCUGCGCGCUGAGGGCAGCUGAGGAAGAGCCCCGUGUCCAGCCCCGCAGCGCCAUGCAGAGAGCGUCGCGGCUGAGCAGGGAGCUCGCGCUGCUGAGCACGGAGCCACCGCCAGGAAUCAGCUGCUGGCAGAGCAGCACCCGGCUGGACGAGCUGCGGGCACAAAUUAUAGGAGCUGCGGACACACCGUAUGAGAAAGGGAUAUUCGACCUGGAGAUAGUUGUUCCUGAAAGGUACCCAUUUGAGCCCCCGAAGAUUCGAUUUCUGACCCCUAUCUAUCAUCCUAACAUCGACUCUGCUGGAAGGAUUUGUCUGGAUGUUCUUAAAUUACCACCAAAGGGCGCGUGGAGGCCCUCCUUGAACAUCUCCACGCUGCUGACCUCCGUACAGCUGCUGAUGGCAGAGCCCAACCCCGAUGACCCCCUCAUGGCAGACAUCUCCUCGGAGUACAAGUACAACAAGCAGCUCUUCUUGCUGAAUGCCAAGGAGUGGACUGAGAAGUACGCAAGCCAACAGAAGAGGGCUUUGGAGGAGAAGACAAACCAGAGUGAAACAGAAACCACCAAUGAAUGCACCACACAAAAAAGAAAAGGGAGCUCUAUCAGCAAGAAGGAGAAGAAAUCUCGCCUGGGCUCCUAAGUGACUUUGUUCUUGAUGUGGCUCUCAGCUUUGCUCUCACUGUGUUCUUUUUUUCUUUACAUGGGUAUAAGUAAAUAUUUUAAUAUGUCAUAGUA